CAAGCCCAACGGCCGGUGCUUAUUUCUCAAUCUUCUGCCCACUGCUCCGAUGCCUAGCAUGCUCACACCGAUGGCUCCGCACUGGGGCGCGGGCUCGAGCCUCAGUGCGAGAUCUUCCAAUGCGAGCUCCUCCUCCACGCUGCGCACGUUCCUUUUGCUCAAAGACCCGUCGACCGCCGACGCGACCACGAUGUAUGUAUCGUACAAAUCCCAGGCGAGCCAGCGCGCCGUGACGUGGGCCGACCUCGCGCCCGUCGACCCGCUCUUGCCGCUCUCGAUCCACGUGCCGCUGCGCCGCCGCACGAGCAGCUCGUUCGACACGAUGUCGUCCGAGUCGAUGGCGCAGAACGUAUGGCAGCUCAGCUUUGACUUUCUCGACCUCGAGUCGCUCACGCAGUGCAGCCUCGUGUGCAAGGAAAUGCACGAAGUCGCCAAGUCGCCGUACCUCUGGCUCAGCGCCUACUGUCGCAGAUGGCGCAACAACAACCGCCUCUCGCGCAAGUUUAUGCUCCUCUCGUACAAGAACCUCGUCGCGAUGAACGCACUCCGCGCGAACAUCGACCCCAAGGUCUCGACGCGCGGCCGCACCGCGCUCCAGCCGGACCUCACGGUGCACGUCCUCAACAAUUCGAUGCUCCGGAGCUUCCAGCGCGGGGCCGUCGACUCGAUCCGCUCGUACAGCGCGCUGCCCGUGCUCUCGGUCGCGAAAGCCCUGGGACUCGACGUGAGCUACUUUGAGGUCGGCCAGAUCAAGGGCUGCGCAAGCGUCGGCAUCGCGUCCGUGUACGACAAGCCGUCGAUGAACGCCUAUGGCUUUGGCAUGGACGACCAUGUGGGCUGGAAGGGCAUUUCGUUCGGGUACCACAGCCACGACGGCGGCUUCGUGGCACACAACGGCGAGGUCAGCUACGGCGGCGUGCGCUCGUCGUUUGGCCCUGGCUUUGGCAAGGACAACGAGAGUAACCCGGACGGGUCGGUCGUGGGCUGCGGCUUUAACCGCAAGACGCGCGAGAUCUUUUUCACGCUCAACGGACGCAUGGUCGGCGCGCCGCCCGUGCUCAUUCCGACUGAGAAAGUGCGGUACGCGGCGGCGGUCGCGCUCCACUCGUUCAACGACGCGUGCGUCCUCAACCUUGGCGGCGCGCCCUUUCGCUUUGACAUUGACGAGUACUGCCUCUCGCUGGCGUACCAAGAUAGUAUUUAAUCGUGUGUGUAGUUGUGUUUUAAUCUAUUCCUUGUACAUCGA